AUGGAGGCUGUUGGAUCCGCAUCAGCAAUCAUUGGGAUUGCAACAACCGGGAUUCAAUGCUCCAUCAAGCUACUUACGUUUGCGGACCAAAUCAAGUCCGCCCCGGAUGAGAUCACGAAUAUUGCCGAGGAUAUCUCAGUCAAUGCCAGUAUCUUGCAGCAGUUGGGUGGACUAGCUGACGAGGCGCUAUUUCACACCCAAGCAGCACCAGAUACCAGCACCAACAACAACAUCAGCAAUGGAAAGGCACGGAUGGUCAACCCUGAGGCUACUGAUUACAGCGAUACAAAAAGUCAUGAGCCACAGAACGGAAUAUUCAACGCAGCCGGCAUUGCGAUCGUCAUGAAUCUCGCUUCAAAAUGUAACGCUAUCUUCGAAAGGCUCGAAGAAGGACUGAGGAAGGCGAGUAAGCAGCUGAGGGCAAAUCCUCAAAGCAAAGACCCCAUCAGACUCAGUCCAGCUGAAAUGGUGAAAUGGCCAUUCGUCAAGCCCCAGAUGGAUUCCAUGAGGGCAGAACUACGCGAUGCAAAGGGGACUUUGAUGCUCCUGCUUCAAGUUGCGAUGCUACGCUACUCGAAGAAGGUUAUGGAGGGGCAUACCACGAGAACAAGUCUGAUCGCAUAUUCCGAAGAAGAUCAGUAUCUGCUGAAAAGAUCGAUCGUAGCUGCGGAGAGAGCGCGAGUUGAUAUCGCGAAACAACGAGAUGAUACUUUGGCUGGAAAUCGAACCGCUAGUGUGGCGGAGAGGGACACCGUCGAUGAGAAUUUACAACCUGCGGAGAUGACCACUACCGCGGCAAUUUCCCUUCAAUUGCGACGACCUCCCAGUCUAGAAAAUGGCGCUAGUCGGGGUAUUCCACAAAUCUCGUCCAUUGAAGUCAAGAAUUUGGACUGCCAGCCUCAUAGAGAUAUUGAUUUCUGCUCUGCACAUACCAAGCCAAGUGAUGCAGGCAAAGCACUAGCUGCAGAUGGCGAUAUCUGGAAUACAAGCAGAACUUAUCCGGUCCACGAGGGAUCUGGGUGUGACCUUGACUCUCUCUACUACUCUUCUGUAUACAACAACAGAUCAUCUAUCGCAUCUAUCAGCUCGGCCACGGAUGCGCCACUCGGUGUAUACCUAUUAACACCUAAGCUUCAGAUAGCACACGGAAAGCACCACGUGGAGUACCGAGUCCGGCGUGUGAAGGUCCCACGCCAGGAUAUUGACUCCCAGAUAGAUCAGUGGAAAAAGUCACCAAAUAGUACAGUACUCAAUCAGCUCCUUGCUCUAUCGGCCGAUGAACAACAGGCACUAGAUGCUCUCAACCUGGAUGGUGAUCAUGACAACUUCACGGGCACCGACGCAAUCGAAUGGAUACAUGUCGGCGAGUUCUUACCUGUUGACGGAUUCGAUGAUAUCCGAACAAGAAGUAUCACAUUCAUCGUGAAGCUCAAGCACCCAUCUACAACAUCUAAGCGAAGAGAACUGAAGUCUGAGGACUUGAGAGAUCAGCAGGAUAUUGCUAUGGACUUCAGUGUAAAUCGUCACAGUAUUUUCCCCGAGAGUCUUAACGCAUUCGGAUUACCCUGGAAGUGGAAUGUGAGUGAUUACAACUAUAUGCUUGUCAAUAAAGCUAUGUUCAACCAUUUUGAAGGGGAAUUAUUGGCACACACGCGAAGACUCGUGGAUGAGAGGUCUAAAAUGCAGCGUGACAGCAAUCGAACCGAGCUUGAGCUGCAGGAGCAGCAGUGGGUGAAGGAACGGCAGCGGGAGGGUCAAUCGGAGUGGCUGGAGGGCUUGGAGGGCCUGGAUGGCAUGGAGUGA